AUGCUAGCAGGGAGGAUUCGUAUGAUUCGUAUAGCAAUGUCUGACAACAUUAUAGUGAGCGAGGUCAAUGGUCCGCAGGAAGUAGUCAAAUGUUUUGUUAGGGAAGAAGAUGGACUCGAAGGGCAGAGUCGAAAAUUGGUGGUCAUAGGGCUAGAGUAUAUAGAUGUGUUUGAAGGUAUAGAACAAGAUGAGGCGCGCAAGGUGUUAAGACUCAGGACCUACGGAUGUACAGUGGCAGCAUUUUAUUAUAAAGACCAUACUGCACCGAACCGAAGAUUGUAUAUUCUAUUGAAGGCUACGGGACGGUUGGAUUUCAUCGACCUUGAUUACAAAUUGGUGAAAUCUCUGGAAACAGGAAUCGAUCAGGUGAGAUCAGAGCCAAAGUUCUUUUUUCAAGAUCCACUACGAGCAGCUUUGGUUUUCAAUUUGUCUUGCACUGAAAUUUACGAAAUUCCCACUGACGACAUUCUUUGUCUAGUAGAAACGGACGUUAAAUUGAGCUAUAUCACGUCCUCGCCGAUAGUGUCCAUAGAUGAGUGUAUAAAUUUCAACGAUAUUUUAGACAAGGAUGUCUUUACGUUGUCGAUUCUCACACAUACGUACAAUGAGACUGAAUAUCAGUUGGAAGCAUGCGUGUGCGUAUUCGAGCCUAAACCAGCCAAAGGGGCCAAGUGGCAAAGAACUGCUAACUUAUCCUUUGCGGAGAAAGCAAAGGCCUCACAAAUACUUUUGAAAUCGGUUGCUAAUAUUGGCCAUUUUGUCUUUACGCCAUGGAAAACCUAUUUCAUCAAGCAUGCAUUGUCAUCGAAACAAACUAUUGAUGGUAAAACGAUAGGUAAAAUGUAUCAAGGGCCUGGUGCCUUUGAACCUAAUAGCACAGAAAGAAUGGAGCUUUUGCAGCCUAUUCUAGCGGAUGCUACAUCGAAUCAUUUAACAUUUACAUUCGUGACCAAUACUGCAUUUAUGAUAACGUGCAGGAUGAAUGCAAUCCUAAGCAGUUUCGAAGACGAUACGUAUAUCUGGGGAAGUGCCUUAUAUGAGAAAUUUCCCAUCAAUGAUGGUACUCUACUCGAUCACUACCUUUCGGCGUUUUUCGAUGAGAAGUGUUGGAUACUGGUGUGCCCGAAGGGCCAUCUUACAGUGCACUCAAUCGGAAACAAAGCAAAUGGUAAUACCGUUGCUCUUGGUUCUUUGGUUUGCAAAUCAACUCUGUAUUCCGAUUUCAUAGGAAACUUCACACGGUCUCAUUUAUCUUGCGGAUCAUUACAUAAUGGGCAGGGAUACUUGAGUUUGAAAUAUCGAUCGUAUGGAAACAUUUUUGCUUCCGCUUCCAUGAAGCUACUCUUCAAAACUAAAGACGGUGCUCCUCAUCAAGUUUACUCUACAAGAAAAGGUAUCUAUUGGGCAGACGUGAAUAAUAAUAUUUACAAAGAUAGUGAGCGAAUAGACUCAGAAAUAGGUGGCAGUUUUAUUGCUACUAAAGAUGGAGCCUUACUGAAAGAUAACACUAUCGUUGCUUUGGCUCCAAUUCGAAAAGAUAAUGAGUGCAAUUAUGUGUAUGUUACAAAGCAAGGUUACUUGAGAUGGAGUUGCUCAAAAGCUUAUUAUCGGAUUCAAAACAUAAAAACUAAUUUGACUAUAGAGAAUUGCUUUAUAUCUGCCAUUUCUAGGAAAUGUUCUUUUUUGACAGUACUUGUGUUGAAUGAUGAAAUAAUGGUAUUUGAUCGCUACAAUCGAUCGAGAAGCCAGAAAGCGGUUUUCCAUAGACUUUCUGAUUUAGCGUCCAUUUUCCUAUAUGAAUACGAAAGUACAGUUUACAUUUUCAUAUCUGACACUGAAGGAAAUCUUUGCAUUAUGAAACUGGCAACGUUUGAAAUCGUGGAAGAGUUUAAAAUUUGUAAGAAGAAGUUGCAAUUCUGCGAAGUGCCUAAUUCAGAUUACGUUUUUAUAUAUACGACAGAUACUACUGUCCUUUUCAAGCCAUGUAAAGUAAAAGGUAGAUUUGAAAUCCAAGAGGUAUAUGCACCAUAUCGCAUAAGCUACUUGAUACCUGGAGAAAAAGACGACUCAGUUGUUAUGGUUACUCUUCAAGGUAAAUUUUAUGACGUACAUGUUCCUAGUACUGUUGGAAUGGCUACGUUUGGCUCUAAGUUUGAGCAAGUUCCAAAAACCUGUCUCAAAUUUAUAACCUUGGAAUCUUCAUCAAGGUACGUGAUUGUAGCGGCUGUGCCAGUAGCAAAUCAAUUGCAGGACAAGUAUUCUGAAAUUUAUGUUUACGAUGUUAAACAUUUCAAAAACAUUUCUGCAUUCAAUCUUUCUAGUAUCAACAAUGAUAUCAAAAGCAUAAAAUAUGAAAACGUUUUGAUAUCAGAUAUAAUUGCUGUACCCAUUCUCAAAAGAACCGAAGCAUUGGGGAAAAAAAAGACUUCUGAACUGUAUAAAGAAGUGAUUUUCAAUUCAUGUAUCUUGGUGUCUUUAAAUUUAGACUCAAUAGACGAUGUUGACAGUAGCAAUAUGAAUAACCUAUUGUUAUUUUCAUUCGAUGAGGAAUCAGGAUCCAUAGAUUUCCUUUUUGGGAUUAACACGGGGUUCCCGAUUACUGGCUUACAUAACUACUACAAUGGUUGUAUCUUGGUUUAUGGGGAGUCUAUGCAGGCCUACCAACUGAACUAUUCAGUUCAUGAUAAUAAGUUCAGUAUUGAGCAGGUUUCAAAUAUAUUGAAUAUUUCUGGUGUUGCAAUAACAUCAUCUAUAUUUUUUGAUAAAAGGAAGGCAAAGAUGGCUAGGAAACAGCAGAAUAUAGGCACAUGGAUAUAUUUGGAAAAAAUGGUUUCACUUGACAUACGGAAGGGUAUGAUGAGGUUCAAUGUCAUUCACACAACGGAUGGAAAUAUGGAUAAGGUUCAUCUACAAGUGCAGCCUCUAGAUUCACUUGAGAGGGACCUUAUCAAUAGCAUCACUGACAGUGGGAAAAUACUCACUGGUGCAGCGACUGUAACUUUCAAGAAUAUUAGAUACCUACUAAUUUCGUAUGGUGGUCAAAAACUCAGGUUAUUUAGUUUGGAACUUGAUGGUGAGGAGGAAAUAGACGAAGGUGUGUACCACGUUGGUGCGCCAGUAACAACCAUAAACUCUGUGAGAACUACUGACUCCAGAAUGAGCACAUUUUUAGGCGAGCCUACAUUUACACCCUUAUUCUUGGUAACUACCUUGUCUAACGGCUGUUAUGUGAUCGGCUUCAUACACAAGGAGUCAGAUAUCUCAUUGUAUAUGUUAUCAGAAGAGAAAGCUGUUUUUGCAAGGCGACCGGGUCAAAAGUUCUUCGGCUUUCUUGAUCCUCAAAUGGAUGAUCAUAUUGUAAUAUCCGGAAGUUAG